GAAUAAAAAUAAAAAGCGUUUUUAAAAAAAUUUUUAAACUUCGCAAACCGAACCCCUCUCUCCUCUCUUUUUCCCUACAUUUCCCAUCCAGUAAUGACUAGCCGUCGAGCCGCGUGGCAAAGGGGAAAUCAGGCCUCUCCCAGAUUCCUUUCCGCCUCACAAUUUCCAUGAUCAAACAGAGAUGAUUACUAGGCGAUGCUUUUGUAGCGGUGCUCCACGGCCAUGGCUGUUUUUGGGUUUAGGUAACCCUGGCGACAAAUAUAAAGGAACUAGACACAAUGUGGGUUUCGAGAUGAUUGACAAAUUUGCUGAAACUCAAGGGAUUGAAACGAAUACCCUUCACUGCAAGGCUAUCUUCGGACAAGGUUUUGUUGGUGAUUCUGCUGUUCUCCUUGCUAAGCCGCAAACUUACAUGAACUUGAGUGGUGAAUCCACUGGACCCCUUGCAGCUUACUACAAGCUACCCCUUAAUCGAGUGAUUGUGUUUCAUGAUGACAUGGACUUACCAUGUGGAGUGCUUCGUCUUCAAAACAAAGGUGGUCACGGAAGCCAUAAUGGGUUGAAGAGCGUAAUCUAUCAUUUUCGUGGGAACAGAGAAUUUGCACGGCUACGAAUUGGUAUUGGUGGGCCGCCUGGUCAAAUGGAUCCUAAGGCAUUUUUGCUGCAAAAGUUUAAUACAUCAGCUCGAGAACGAAUUGAUACUGCUUUGCAAGAGGGAGUUGAUGCACUGAAGCUUCUUUUAUCAAAAGGGUUUACAGAAAGUGCAAGACGCUUCAACACGGAACAAAAGUAUAAGCAUAUACGAUUGCAAACAAUGCCAACUUGAGUAACAUCGAUAUUAUUGUCAGCUUUUAGGAUCAUCUGUACAAGCAUGUCUUACAUUAUGAUGGGAACGUGGUAGAUUGUGAAUAACCUAUUUUUCUUUGCUUUGAA